GCGCCGAUCCGGUCGAGUGACUCUAUCUGUGCUCUGCCGCAGCGCCUGGCUCCCUAGCACAUGGCUGAGCUGCUCGACAGGCGGAAGAGUUUCCAAGGAGCUGAUUCAGAUUGAGAAACACACGAGGCCCUGGUUCAUCAGAGAAACACACAAGGAGGAAAAAUGUCGCAGUUACAGGCGAGGUUCUUCACAAAGGACAAGAGGUUUGCUGUGGAUGAUGUUCCCUUCUCCAUCCCUGCUGCCUCUGAGGUGGAAGACCUCAGCAACGUUAUCAACAAGCUGCUGUUGGCUAAAAAUGCAUCCCACAACAAAGUGGAUUUCGACUUCCUGGUCAGGGGUCAGUUCCUGCGGACGUCGCUGUCCUUUCACAUGGACACAGAAGGCAUAUCAACAGAAGAAGUGGUGGAGAUCGAGUAUGUGGAGCGGAUCACAGCCCCAGAACCUGAGGAGUGUAUAAUGCACGAUGACUGGAUUAGCUCCCUCCAUGCAGAUACUGAAUGGAUCCUAACAGGGUCAUACGACAAGACAGCCAGGAUCUGGUCUGUGGAAGGCAAGGCGAUGACAACGGUGGCAGGACACACAGAUGUAGUCAAAGAUGUAGCCUGGGUUAAAAGAGAUGGUUUGACCUCUCUGCUUCUGACGGCCUCUAUGGACCAAACCAUCCUGAUGUGGGAGUGGAACUCGGAGAAGAACAAGGUGAAAGCCAGACACUGCUGUCGGGGACACACGGGGAGCGUUGACACUGUCGCCACAGACCCCACUGCCUCAAAGUUCUGCAGCGGCUCCUGGGACAAAAUGUUGAAAAUCUGGUCAGCAGUGCCCACAGAUGAGGCAGACGAUGUCGAAGAACCCGCUGACAGACCGAGGAAGAAGCAGAAGACUCAACAGCUCGGCCUGACCAGGACUCCCCUGAUGACGCUGUCUGGCCACAAUGAGGCAGUGUCCUCCGUCCUCUGGUCUGACAGUGAGGAGGUUUGCAGUGCAUCCUGGGAUCACACCGUCCGUGUGUGGGAUGUGGAGACUGGAGGACUGAAGACAACAUUGGUGAGACGCGCU